AGCGGGGCAGGAGGGCGGUCCCCCCCCGCCGGCCGGGAAUGUGCCCGCAGGCGGCUCCCGGCCGAGUCAGGGCCGCCCCCCGGGCGCCCGGCCCUCACAACGUUUGCCGCCUCCUCGCCCGCAGGGCCCACGGCUUCUAUGCCAGGGAUGCUGGUGUCGCCCACAGGAAAAACCUGGGACUCCUCAGGAAGAUCAUGUGCCAGGAAAGUACUAAAUUCAAGAAUGUUUGGACAACUCAUUCUGCAUCUCCUAUUGCUUAUGAAAGAGGAAGAAUAUACAUGGACAAUUACCAGUGCUGUAUUAGCAGCAUUGCACAAGCCCCAAGAAUACUUUAUCAAAAGUCAAAGUGUGCUAAAUCAGAAAAAAUAGAAGAUGCUUUAUUAUUGGAAUGCCCACUGGGGGAAAUGUUGCCAAGUCCCUCAGAUUAUAAAGCUUCCCUGAUAGUCUUGACAGUGCAGAACUGGCUUCUACGUCUCUCUGCUGAUAGUGGAGAAGUACUGGAAAAAAUAUACCUUGCUGGUUCCUGUUGCAAAUCCUUCAGGUAUCUGAGCUGGGAUACUCCUCAAGAGGUAAUGGUUGUAAAGACAGUUCAGAAUAAGCUCCCUGCAGCAGCACGGCAGGCAGGAAUACAACAGUCUGUAUUGUUUUAUCUUGCUGUAUUCCAAGUUUUACCUCUUUCAUUCAUUGGAAUGCUAGAAAUAAACAAAAAGAUAUUUGGUAAUAGUGUGACAGAUGUUGCUGUUUCUAAUGGAAUCCUGAUUGUAAUGUAUAGCAUGGGUCUGGUCAGACUCUAUAACUUCAAGGCCAUUUUGGAACAGUUCAUGGAACAGCCAUUUGAUUUGGGACAGGAAUUCAACUGGAAUGGUCAAGUGGGAGUUGUAGGAAAGUAUCCAUUUGGUCUUCCAUGUAACAUUAAAAUAACAGAUACCCCACCUUUGCUAUUUGAAGCAUCUUCUCUGGAGAAUGCAUUUCAAAUUGGAGGUUACCCUUGGCAUUAUAUCAUCACACCUAACAAGAAAAAACAUAAAGGAGUCUUCCAUAUUUGUUCUCUGAAAGACAAUGCUUUGGCAAAAAAUGGCAUACAGGAUAUGAAAUGCUGUUCACUUGAACCUGACUGGAUAUAUUUCCAUCCAGAUAUGUCAGGUAGAAUAAUCCACGUGGGACCAAAUUUGAUAAAAGUCUUGAAGCUUAAGGAAGUUAAAAAUCAUCCAGAUCAAAUGGAGAUUGCAGAAGAUUUUACGAUUGUAGCCAACAGAGAAAACUGUGUGAACAACACUGUUACCGUAACGGCUUCUGGUCGAGUGGUGAAAAAGCGUUUUAAUUUGCUGGAUGAUGACCCAGAACAAGAGGUAACUGAUGCAACAUUCAAAAUUGUGGACUAUGAAGAUGAAUUGGAUUUAUUAUCCACUGUGGCAGUUACUCAGAUAGGAGCUGAUGGAAGAGCUCACCUUGACUUUCAUUGUAAUGAACAUGGGAUUCUACUUAAGAGUAUUCCAUUACGGGAGUCCUGGGAUGUGACUUAUAGUCAUGAAGUUUACUUCGACAAAGACCUUGUACUACAUAUAGAACAGAAGCCUAACAGGAGAUUCAGUUGUUAUGUUUACCAAAUGGUCUGUGAUACCGCAAAAGAUGAUUAAUGUUCAAGCCAUGAAAAAACAGAAAGUGUUUUGUAAAAAAGGAGGGAGAACUUUUGAAUAUAUUUAAACCAUAAACAACAACUACAGAGACUUCAGUUUGGAUGUUAUUUAAGGACUCCAUACAUAGAAAGUAGUCAGCUACUGUUUUUCUGGCAGGAUUUAAUCUUAACAUUUUGUACUACUACAAGAGGUUUUGGUUUUUUUUUUUCUUUGUAACACUGUACACUUGCCUGUAGUCCAUAAUGGCUCUUCAUGUAUUCACCAAUUCAUCAUUAACUCUAGAUGCAGCAUUUAUUGCUUCUCUUCAGCAAUAGGAUUGAAAUACUGGACAUCAAGGAGAAAGAUGUGGACUUACUGAUUAUCUGCCAUCUGCUGUGAUCUGUCUUAUAUAGUUUUACCUAUGCAACUCUAAUAUAGACUGUCAAUUAAACAAAGUAUGUAAAACUGUCUAGGAUAAAUUUUAUAUGUAGCAUGAAAAUUGCAGUGUUACUAUUAAACCACUUAGACAAAAUCCUUCUCUUGCUUUUCUGUGAGAAAUAAAAUCACGCAGGUUUUCUGGU